AUGGGGCAUGUGCUCUACCGCAUGUCCUACUCGUCGAUCAUUCGGGAGUCGGAGGAUCUCGGCGCCGGGCUCUUCGACAGCAACUUCAAUACGCUUUGCGAAUCGGAUUCGACGCCGAUGCACAUCGGCUCCAUCCCGGCCUACCUGAGGGGGAUCGACGAAACCCUGCACGACCCCUGGCAGCCCGGCGAUAUUGUCAUCCACAACCAUCCCUAUUACGGCGCGAGCCACUCGCCGGACAUCGCCGCAGUGGCGCCGGUCUUCUACCACGGCGAGCUCGUGGGCUACUCGGCCAACACGGCACACCAUGUCGACAUCGGCGCGGCGACGCCGGGCCUCAUCAUCGACGUGCCGGACGUGUUCGCCGAGGGCAUGCUGUUCAAGGGCGUGAAGCUCUAUGAGGGCGGCAAACUCAACCGCGCGCUCUGGCAAUUCAUCGAGACCAACACAAGGGUACCGAGCCAGGUGAUGGGCGACAUCGAAGCCCAGGUCGCCUCCGCCGAGCUCGGUGUCAAGCGCUUCAUCGAACUCCUGGACCAGUACGGCAAGGACGUGGUGUUCGCGGCGACCGAGCAGCUCAUGGACUAUUCCGAGCGCAUGCUGCGCCGCCAGAUCGCGGCGAUUCCCGACGGCGAAUACAGGGCCGAGGGCUUCCUGGACGACGACGGGCGGAACCGCAAGCAGCCGCUCCCGGUCAAGGUCGCGGUGCGCAUCAAGGGCGAUUCGGCCGAGGUCGACCUCACCGGCUCCGCCCCGCAGGUGCCGACCGCCUUCAACGUGCCCUUCGAAGGCUCGACCAAGGUCGCCUGCUACUUCGCCUUCCGCGCGCUCCUGCUUGAUACGGCGACGACCAGCGAGCAUGUGCCGCAGAACGAGGGCUCGUUCCGACCUAUCAAGGUGAUCGCGCCCAAGGGCACGAUCUUCAAUCCCGAGUAUCCGGCGGCGGCGGAGGCGCGCUUCAACCAGAUCCAGCGCGUGGUCGACUGCAUCGCCAAGGCGCUCGCGCCGGUGAUCCCGGAGAAGGUAACGGCGGGCUCAUCGGCCGACGUUUCGGCGAUCGCCUAUUCCGGCGUCAGGCCCGACGGCCAGUACUGGAUCUUCAUCGAGGUCAACGAGGGCGCCUGCGGCGGGCGGCCGCACUCGGACGGGCCGGACACCAUCGAGGAGCUGAUGCGCAAUACGCGCAACAACCCGAUCGAGGAUCUCGGCAUGCACCUGCCGCUACUCUGCGAUCGCUACGAGCUCCGCGACGAUGUGAUGCCGGGCGCGGGCCGUCAUCGCGGCGGCAUCGGCGUAAUCAAAGUGCAGCGCUACCUCACGCCUGGCUUCCUCACCCACGAGGCGGACCGAGCAUGA